AUGCUGCUGGGAGACAAUGCGGCCGGGAGUACAUUCAGCCUCCCUCUUUUCUCGCUCUUAAGAGUUCCAACUAGAGCAGAGAGAGCAACUUUUCAAUAUGCUGGGUCUUGGCUUGGGAUAUCGAGUUCGUGGGGAGCCGGCCAAAACAAACGCAAAGUACCUACCGGCUACCCGGUUCCUCUGAUACACGGGCACUGCCGCACCAUCGAAGAGCAAGAUCGGGAUGCAGGAAUCUUGUCUAAGCCAGCCACCCUAGGUUCUCGCAACUGCGGCCAUUGUAUCAUUCGACGACCUCUUCGAAAUCCUUUGCUCGCUGCAUCUGAUCGACACACAUCCGGCGCCGGUCUGUCUUCCAUUGGUCCACUACCGAGAAUUGUUCUUUCCGACUCUUUGGAGAUAGAUGAAUUCCCAGGUCUUCCAUAUUGCUUCUCGACCUUCUAUGGCAAAACGACUUUUGGGCAGAUCCUCCACUAUCGGUACUCUGCGGCUGUCCAUUUACUGGAGCUAGAUCGCACCUUAGAGAUACAUCAAUUUCAAACUGAGGCUUUCGUGUUUCUCUAUUGCCACCGGGCACUAAUCGCCUUCAAUCCUGGAGUCCUCUGUCGAACGAUACGCGCCACCAUCACCAGCUCCAGAACCUCCCUUCGGCGCUCUAUCUAUUCUCGAGACGGACAUGUGAUAUCCAAAGCUUCGAUGGUGGACAUCUCCGUACCGUUAUUCCGAAAUCUCAGCAAAAUCUCCGAACGCCCAAAGUUCCACUCACUGGACAAUCAAGCGAGAGAUCGGACUUUUCCUAAUUUGAGACGGAUUUCUCAUCUCCAUCCCGUCCCAUUAUGGCGCGCAAGUUCCAUUGUCUCUGAUCACUUCACUAUUAUCGGAGUAGUACGACGCCUUCCAAUAUUACCUUGCAUUGGCCAUGCAAGAACAUUAUUCGAGCCUCUCGCUAGAGUUGCGUCUGCGGCUAGGACGAUUCUCAAGGAUUCUUUCUACCAAAUCUCACUUCCUACCGUGGAAUAUGGUGGGAGCGAUCUAGUUCAACUUGAUACUAGGAAGAGGCUGGUUGUAUCUGCCAACAUUCAAUCGACUUUACAGAUCCGUAAUGAACACUAUGCUUUGCUAUCGAAAUAUGUACAUGUCCACAUUUCUCCCCUUGCUAUCAUGGUAAACGUUGUUGCAUCUUGUUGGUUUCUCAACUUCUACAAAUUGCCCCUAUCACAGCACAUAAUUGUUCCUUGCAUAGUUCAUCCCUCAUGA